UACUUCCCUCACCAUUUUCGUUUUUCAAACGCAGAUAAGGAAACCUACCAACCAAACUCAGCUGAACCAUGGCAAACCUCAGGACGGCUAUGGACUCCGCAUUCUGGGAUCAACCCAUUUCUUCUCCAAAAACCCUAGAAGGAUGUGCCCGCUCUAUCCCUGGCGACCCAUUCCCCUUGGACGCCACUAGAGCCAGCCGAGCCCUUAGGAUUCAACAGCUCUCCCUAUUAGGAAAUGGCUUCCCUCUCGGUAUCAUUCCCUCUUACUCUCCCACUUCUAACAAGGACCUUGGUUCUUUCUCUCUCCAGUCUGUCUUGCUCAAACUUGCCACCUCUAACUGCUGGCUGGGAUUAAUCGGGCAGUUCCGACCAAAGAAAUUGAUUUCGUCUAUUAAAGCGGAACUUUCUAAUGCUGAGGAACUUGAAUUCUCUGUAUUUAAGGAUGCGGCCAAACAUUUCCUGGACAAGUCACUCUAUUGUAUUGGUUUAUCCUCACAGUUUUCUCCAACUCCUUCCUCUUCUGUGUUGCUUAGCACUGAACGGCAUGGUGAGAAGAUGAGACCUCGCUACAAAAUGAUGCUCUUUCAACAGCUUCCUUCUCAUGAUAUCACUUUGGAGGCUGCAUGGCCUGAGCUGUUUAUUGACCAUAAAGGUAGAUAUUGGGAUGUUCCUGAGUCAAUAUCCUUAGAUAUGUCUUCACUUGUCUCUGAAUCUGGCUUCCGGUACCGUUUUGGGAUACACAAAAGCAAUGGCCAUCCAAAGGCUGUUAAUGCCAUAAAUGAUGAGCCACCUCUUGCUUUGAUGCCUGGAUUAUGUGGAAAGGCUUCCUUUUCUUAUGAGAAGAGCAAGGAUCUUUGGAGGAAGAAACAGACUAAGAAGGACAUCAUGACAAAGGCAGAUAAGGGUUGGAUUUGGCGUCCCUCAUAUGAUGUGCGUCUCAGUGAACCUCAUGCAGCAAUAUCUGGAAUUGUUGGUGGCUCCUGCGCAGCACGGUUUGGAGGCUGGGGGUACUCAGCAUCUACAGACGGGGAUACCUCAACAAGUACAGGAAAGAGAAGCCCAUUCAAUGCUGAUUUUUUUGGCUCAGUUUGCUAUACUUUCCAACACGGGAAGUUUACAAAGCUAUAUGGUGAUCUAACUAGGGUGGAUGCCCGCCUGGAUAUCUGUUCAGCUUUUGCUCUUACCAAAAGGGCUUUAAAUAUUUUCAGGAGGUCUUCAGUUAGUGGUGCAGCAGACAAUCCAUUGUCAUCUCCCAGGAUGAAUUUGAUUCUUCAACAGCAGGUUGCUGGCCCAAUUGUCUUCCGAGUGGAUUCGGGAUUUUCGCUUGGUUCUGCAUCAGGGCGACAACGUCCGCAUGUAGAGGAUCUAAUAUAUAGUUUGAGUUAUUCAUUGAGGCUUCUACGCUCUGGGAAGGUUGUUGCUUGGUAUUCUCCAAAAAGAAAAGAAGGAAUGAUUGAAUUGCGCUUAUUUGAGUUUUGAACCUCACCUUUUAUUAAUGGUGUACGCUUAUUUUGCCUGGAGUACUCGUAAAUUUUUGCCUAUGGUUGCAAUUUGCAAAUGCAUUAGAAGUCAAUAUUUCCUUACUGAACGUGAUGGAUUUUGAGUUUUAAUGGUCCUGUUAUUGUUUCA